AGCCGCGGUUCGAAGGGGCGGGGCCUGACAGCGAAGGAGGCGGGGUCUGCUGCGGAGGGGGCGGAGCCUGCUGCGGAGGGGGCGUGGCCUGUGGGCGAUGCCGAAGCGCAGCAAGAAGGAGGCGGCCGAGGGCGACGCCGGGGAGGAGGCGGGCCGACGCCCCCCGAAGGCGGGGCGGGAGGAGGAGGCGGGGUCUCUCUACGAGGACCCGCCCACCCGGGAGGUGACGCCGGGGGGGCAGCGCUUCACCCUCAAGGUGACGUCCUGGAACGUGGACGGGCUGCGCGCCUGGGUGCGCAAGGGGGGGCUGCAGUGGGUGCAGGAGGAGGCCCCCGACGUGCUGUGCCUUCAGGAGACCAAAUGCGGGGGGGGGGCCGUGCCCCCCGAGGUGCGCGCCCUCCCCGGCCUGCCCCACCAGUUCUGGGCCAGCCCCGAAGGCCGACCCGGCUACAGCGGCGUGGGGCUACUGGCCCGGCACGAGCCCCUCAGCGUCACCUACGGCAUCGGCGAGGAGGAGCACGACCGCGAGGGCCGAGUGGUGACGGCCGAAUUCCCCGCCCUCUUCGUGGUCGCCGCCUACGUCCCCAACGCCGGGCGAGGAUUGGUUCGUUUGGAAUACCGCCGCCGGUGGGACGUCGCUUUCCGUUCUUACCUCGCCCGCUUGGACGCCCAAAAACCCGUGGCCCUUUGCGGCGACCUCAACGUCGCUCACGCCGAAAUCGAUCUCCGUCAUCCCCGCGCUAACCGGCGCUCGGCCGGUUUUACCGUCGAAGAACGCGAAGGUUUCGGAGCGUUGUUAGAAGCCGGAUUUCUCGAUUCUUUCCGGCACCUUUAUCCCGCCGUUCCGCACGCUUACACCUUCUGGACUUACUUGGGCGGCGCCCGGGAUCGCAACGUGGGUUGGCGCCUCGAUUAUUUCGUCAUCUCACGCCGCUUGGAAGGAGCUCUCUGCGACAGCAAGAUCCGCUCCCGCGUCUUGGGCAGCGACCACUGUCCCAUCACCCUCUACCUCGCCCUAUAGCGGCUCCGCCCCGCCCCGCCCCUCCGUAAGUUCGCCCUAUGGCGCCAGCUCGCGCGCUUCCCGAGCCCGCCCCCCCCCUUCCUUGACCCC